CGAUGCAAUGCCUCACUCAGCUAGAGCCACCUCAUGCAGGACCUUUUCUAUUCCAAUGCCCCCGCUCUCCCCUCCACAAAACCAUCAGAAAAAAGCUCUAAAAUAGCGUCCUUGGCUUCUGCAGCACAGCGGAAUCCCUGCCAACGGCCCUGCGUGCCUUGCCCUCGUGGCCAUGUGCAUCAAUUCUUUGGUGCGGUUUACCAAACCCGGCCUGGCAAUCUACUGUUGGAGGCGCUGGCUGUGAUACCUCCAAUGCAUUGCAUAUUGCCACUCCCAGCCCCAAAUCUUGAGAUCUUCCCACCCUCUUUCUUGAGUUAAUGGCUCUUAUCCAUUGGAGCUCAGCUCAAGUCCUUGACCCCUUGUAGGCCAGCACUUAGUCUACCCCUCACACCGAUACCGGGUUGAGUCUCCAUUUCUGCCUGCCCCUCUUUAGGUGUCAAGUCAAGAUCUGGUUUUAAACCUUGAGACGCCCAUAUCUAACAUCUUACCCAAACAUCAACUUCAACACAACUCUACUCUACUCUACUACCGCAGCUCUCAACAGCAUAACUGAUCGUCCAGAAUCAGUCUGGUCUCUUCUAUCUUCUUUAAACCCCCAUAGUCCCAUGGCCCCUACCAAAAUCGACGAUCUUCCUGGCGAGUUGCGCUACGUACAAUAUGAACAUGCCCUCGAGGCUCAGUAUUUACCCGCUAUCCGGGCAUUGAUCUCAAAGGACUUGAGUGAGCCUUACAGCAUCUAUGUAUAUCGUUAUUUCUUAUGCCAGUGGGCACAUCUCUGCUUCAUGGCACUGAACCCAGUCGACUCAUCUCUCAUCGGUGUUAUAGUGUGCAAGCUGGAAGUCCAUGCUUCGCACUCCAACCCCACUCGAAGAGGCUACAUCGCCAUGUUGGCCGUUGCUUCUGACUUCCGUGGCCAUGGUAUUGCGACAACCCUCGUCAAGAAGGCCAUCGACGCCAUGACCAAGCGCAAUGCGGACGAAAUUGUCCUCGAGACUGAGGAGACCAACGUCGCUGCUAUGCGAUUGUACGAACAGCUCGGUUUCUUGCGCACUAAGAAGCUACACCGAUACUACCUCAACGGCAACAGUGCAUAUCGACUUGUUCUGCCGCUCAAGUACAUCGACCUUGACGCCAGCGCCAAUGACCUUGAAAUCAUUGAUGUAUAAGCUUUCACGGCUAAAUGGGCAUUUAUAGUAUUUUUCACGGGGUUCAGUGAUGGGAAGCCAUUGAUGGACAUGGGCGGACAAAUUGAGCACAGGUCAGCGACAGCAUUUAAGCGUCAUGCGGAAUUAGCAUCUCUUGGAAUCAUGGGCGUUUAGGAUAUUGGUUAUGAAGGUCAUGACGAUACGAUCCUGUUCUUUUUUGUUUCUCUCUACAUUAUGCACUCGGAUUCUUGAUUUUGAUCCUCCAUACACGAUGGAACAUUCCCUCUUGUUCUGCCUGGCCAGAUGAGUCAUUUGUUGUGCGCCGUUAGGUCUGGAAGAUGUCAGAUGACUUAUAGAUCGACGCUUUCAGACCCCAGGGAUUCCCGGACGAUAUCCCUAUGUACGUAUAUGCAUCUAUCGACUUGCGUCAGCCUCACUUUAUUGACAUCAAUACGAAACCAUGACUCACCUGGCUUAUAGUAGAUAGGUCGUCCUCGAGCUUCAACCAAUCUGAGCUCUCGAAGCUUUUGAAGCACCCUGCCAACGUCGGCCUUGUCUGCGAAAUCGGUCGUGUACACGCAGAUGAGUCGAUCUUUUCGAGAAUCCUCUUCGGCUGGUCGUGGAGCAACCUUUGCAGCAAUGCCAAGCUCGUUCUUGGCAGUUGCUUUCGCGACAAUCUCCCACACGUCGUUUACUUCUGCUGGUGAGCAGAACACCAUCCACUGUCAAGGGUCAGUCGUGUUUUGGCGAGACGUCCCGAGAAACAAACCUUGCCAGCGCGGACUUUGGCAGCGUGUGCCAGGUGCAGUAUAUCAUCUGAGGCUUUCUUGAUUUCUUUUCGAAGAUCCCGCUCUUGCGUUGCAAGGACCUUGUUGGUUUUUUUCAGUCCGUCCUGGAACUUGGAGAGAAGUUCUAGUCUCUCCAGGCCGCCUUCCAUGACAAGCGCAGUCUUGCUGCCUUCUUCCUCGGGAGCCUCAUCUUCAUUGCCUUUACUAAGUUGGUUUUGCCCCAUAGACUUCUCAACGCGGGGUAUAUACGGAUUGCAAAUGAAGAUCCAAGGCGUAUCCUCCGUGAUGUCUGUUGUCCUGGGUGGGAGACGUGCGAGGAACUGAUCUACCGUCUCGGUAAGCUGCCAUGCAUAAUUUACCCCGGCAUAGGGAUUGUGAAGAUGCGAUGUUUCGUGAACGUUGUUCUUGUCAGGAAUAGGCCUCCCAGGGCAUUGCUGUUGCUCGAGCAUCCAGCUCUGAACAUCAAAUUGUUGUACACGGUUGUUAAGGUUCAUGACCAUAUCAUCGUCCCCUAAAACUGUAAGCUCAUGCAGAUUUAAUUCAACGGUGGGGCGUACCGUAGAAGUCAGAUUCGUCGGAAUAUUCCAUGACGUUAAAUCAAGUUAAAAUUGAAGAGGAUGUAGUCAGACCAAAGUAGAGCCUUGGGUUAAUCAGCAAUGGUGCUGGAACUGUUGGUGUGGUGGACAAGAGUACCAACUGCGCAACAAGCAUAAAUCAAAAGGAGAAAGAGUUGUCAGCAUAAGAACCAAGAUCGCCGCCUCAGCCGUCCUAUGUGUUAAAGUGACAAGUUAUUAAUGAAUAAAUGCGCGUGUUGACGUAAGGAGCGGAAUCCCCAAG